UAUGGCAGCAAACGCAAAUUGUCCUUAACUACCAGUCCCUCUGGCUUUCCCUGCUGGGCUCCUCUCCAUCUCAAGGUGUACUGUGUGUUACAUCUAAUGUUCGUGUUUACAAUUUAUUGAAAAUAAGAUAUUAAAGGGUUCUAACGCGGGUAAUGCUCUUAACCCACAAAGCAUACGUGGUCCUUACACAGUGUAGUUGUGUGACUGACAGUUUAUUUUAGCAUCGGAAGAAUUCUUCCCUGGGUUUUAGCCACACCUAGGCGUACCCCUUUGCAAAUGCUUUUGCCUGCUGGAGUUUCAAUAGCCAACGUGUUUUGCAGUGCUGUGAAAAAGGAAAGAAACCAAGCGAUGGUUUUGCGAAGCUGACGUGUUCCUGAAAAGUGCGGCUCGUGGUUCCACAGGCUGCUGUUGCCGCUUGGCUGUUGGAAGCUGCUCGCUUGAAGGUGCUCGGCGUUUGAUGCCGAGAGUCGCUGGGCUCCUCCUGAGAGGCGGUUACCUGGAGCGGGGGGUGCUUGUUUGGAGCUGGUUGUCGUACAGUGGCACUCGAGUAGAUCGCAGGUAUCUGAAUGACUCUGAUGUUACAGUAUUUCUGAACCGUGGGUGUCUCUGAAGCCAAAUUUGUAACCGGUGAAUAUGUCCGUACGUAUUUGGAGGAACGUGAGGCGCUAGGGCAGCUCAGAUACUUUCCGCUGUCCUAUGCAAAAUCUGACUGAGAAAUAACGAAAGUAGAGCUAGCGAACAAAGCAAAGCUGAAAAGAGCAGAGACUGCAGAUAAACACACUCAGCUGUGCCCAGGAGGAGCAGCCGGUGCCGCUGCACGCAGGUAUGGAAGGUUAACCUGGGCUGAGCUGGAGCAGAGCUCCCAGGGACCGGCUGGAGAGGAAGCCCUUCAUCUCGAGGCGGCGUGAAUCCUUUUGUGCCAAGGAGGUCACAAGAAAGUCCUUCUUAGAAACGCCGCCAGGCUGCUGACCUCGGAGCUCCUGGGAGGGCUUGAACUAGAGACGAGGAAGAGGGGCCGGAGCAGCGGCUUUGCUGGAACAGCUCUGUCAGGGAGCUGAGAGACUCCCAUGUUGUUGCCCUCCUGAAGCCUCAGGUCACGGCUGGAAACAACCACCAUAAAGUGAUUCUCCAGAAAAUGCUUUGACAGCGGACAGUGCCCGCCGGAACUAAAUCGGUCUGAAAAAAUUUUCCUUCAUCCAAAGGCCUGUUUGUCGUCAAGAGGGAACCUCUGCAACGGCCGAACUCUGCAAGUGAUGGGCUCGGAGAACAGCGCUUUAAAGAGCUACGCACUAGAAGAGCCGUCAUUCACACUGCCAACUGGACACACAAUUUAUCCGGCCGUGCUACAAGAUGGCAAACUUGCUUCGGUCUUUGUGUACAAGCGAGAGAAUGAAGAUAAGGUUAAUAAAGCUGCCAAGCACCUGAAAACCUUGCGCCACCCUUGCCUUCUGCGCUUCCUCUCUUGUACUGUGGAAGCAAAUGGGAUCCACCUGGUUACAGAACGUGUAAAGCCUUUGGAGAUGGUCCUGGAGACGCUCUCUUCCGCAGAAAUCUGCGCAGGGAUCUACGACGUGUUGCUGGCGCUCAUCUUCCUCCAUGAUAGGGGGAACCUAACGCAUAACAAUGUCUGUUUAUCAUCCGUGUUUGUAAGUGAGGAUGGGCACUGGAAGCUGGGAGGAAUGGAAACAGUCUGUAACUUCAGUGAAGCCACCCCAGAGUUCCUCUGGCAUGUCAAGUCAGUACGAGACCAGUCGUGCAUCCCUUGUGAGGAGAUGUCUGCAGAUUUCAAAAUUCUGCCCAACAGCUACGGGCACGCGAGGGAUGCCUACGCGUUUGGAACAAUGGUUGAAAAUCUCCUGACGGUCCUAAAUGAUCAGGUUUCAGCAGAUAUUCUCUCCAGCUUUCAGCAAACCUUGCACUGUACGCUGCUGAAUCCAGAUCCAAAGUGUCGUCCACCACUGUCCAGCUUAUUGCCUCAUGAGUUCUUCAGGAAUGAUUUUCUGGAAGUUGUGAAUUUUCUGAAGACCUUAACGCUAAAGUCUGAGGAGGAAAAAACUGAAUUUUUCAAAUUCCUGCUGGACAGAGUGGCCGGCUUGUCAGAGGAGCUGAUAGCGUCACGGCUGGUGCCUCUUCUACUCAAUCAGCUCGUGUUUGCAGAACCUGUAGCUGUCAAGAGUUUUCUUCCUCAUCUGCUGGGUCCAAAGAAAGAGCAAAUUGGAGAAAGCCAGACCAGCUGCCUCCUGUCGCCAGCCUUGUUCCAGACGCACGUCAUUCCUGUGCUGCUGAAGCUAUUUGAGGUUCACGAGGAGCACGUUCGAAUGGUGUUGCUGUCUCACAUUCAUGCCUACGCAGAACUGUUCUCUCGGGAGGAGUUGAAAAACAUCAUAUUGCCACAGGUAUUGCUGGGCCUUCGAGAUACCAGCGACUCUAUCGUGGCGAUAACGCUGCACAGCUUAGCAGUUCUCGUCUCCCUGCUUGGACCUGAAGUAGUUGUAGGUGGAGAAAGAACGAAGAUUUUCAAAAGCUCUGCACCAAGUUUCAUGAAAACUGCUGAUCUCUCCCCCGAAGACUCCCCCAGUCAUGUCAUAAGCAACCAGAGAAAUCAAACCUCUCGGCCCUUGAAGAACAAUUCUAGUGUGUUCCCCAUCGCUGGAAAUGUACCUGUCAAGAAGCUUUCUGUGCAACAAGACAAUCCGCUGGCUUUAAAGACAGGUGAGCAAGACACUCAGUCCCCCCUGAAUGGAAUUCCUGGAAGCAUUAAUACGCUAGGGAGCAGCAGGAGCUCUUUGACUACCUCCGAAAAGCCAGCAGAAGAGUGGCCAGACUGGAGUGAGCCAGAGGAGACAGACACUGAGAAAACUGUGAACAUUCAAAUUCAGCCCCAAGAGCCACGGGGCAGUGUGGGACCUUAUUUUGCUGAACGUGAUGUAGAUGAGAAGCCUUGGGAUGACUUUGAGCCCAGUAGCCCUAGUCCUGAACUGUCCUCAGGAAACUGCCUCACUGUGAUGCAAGCUGAUGGAGUGGAAACACCGAGGCCUCUGCCAGAUACCCAUCGACUGAGCAAAGAAUUCAAAAGCCUCAGACUGAGUCCCCCCACAAAGUCCUGCCCUGGGAACAGCUGGAGCAAUGACAAGUGGGACCGCCAGGAACAACUGGGAGAAACUGUGCUGCCAAAAACAACCUUUCAGGAAAGGUUGAAGUCUUCAUCGGAGUCUGGCCUAGGAGAAGAAUUCACGAUCAAAGUGAAGAGGAAACCCAUGCAAGACCCUGAGCUGGACUGGUUUGCUGACAUGAUCCCAGACAUUAAACCUUCUUCAGCUAUCUUGAUUUUACCUGAAGCGAGGACAGAAGUGGUUGUUCCCAGUCACUCUGGUGUAGUAUCCAGCAGAGAAGGUGCCUCCCAGAACAUGCUGUUUUCAUCCAAAUUUGCAGCAGCUGAUGUUAUUGAGGCUGAAGCUGCAGGCUGGGGUGAAGAAGAGGAGUUGAACUGGGAAGAUGAUACUAACUGGUAAUGGGACUGAAAGAGACAAAGGCAAUUUAUGGUGUGUUGGAUUCUGUAAGAGAAGUCGCUGCUUCCCCAGUACAAUGGAUAAGUACCUCAGCACUGCUUGUGCCAGAAGGCAGGCACUUGCUGCAGCAGCCAGCAAGAUCCCGUGGGGCCUGAUCUCUUGCAAUGGAUGCUCCUUUCCAGUCUGUGCCAAAAACUGCAGGGGUGAGGCCUGCACUCAAGCAAUAUGCCCAGCUGUGGUGCGUGCCACUGCUACCGGGAAGAGGAACAGCGUGAUGGGUGUGUUGGUGCUGACGUGCUACUGGAGGCCAAGGGUGGUGUAAGCGAUUGUUCCAGAACUCAUCCCUGCUCUGAAAAACUGAUGACAAUAAAUGAAAGUCACACUGAGUUCCUUGGUUAAUGUGCCUUUUUUUUUUUCUUUUUUUCAGAAAAGUAAAGCCCUUAGAAAUGGCUCCUUUUAACUUUUUAGCUAAGAGAUGAUUUUAAGAUGAACGUACAGUUUACUCAACUUAUUUAUUUCUGUUUAUAUAGUUCUGUCAGUGGAUGGUACAAGAGGUGCUAGGAACCGUGCAGUGAAGGACCACUGAACACAAACUGCUUAAGCACCGCAUUCUUCCUGCUCUUAACUGUGACCAAAUAAAGAUUAUUUUUAAAAGAUGACUCUAGCAUG